GCUGUUGGUCAAAACAAAAGCAUACUUGGACGGAUUGCGAGUGCAAAAGUGAGAAAAGUUGGUAAAAUUUCCAAAAUUUGGUGAAAAACUGGUGCAAACAAGUGCCAACGAUGGAUUGCGACGAAUUGACAGUGGUUGAGGAGCAGAAUCAACCGGAGCGCAAGGAAAGCGGCAAGCGGGGACGUAAACCAGGCCGCAAAGCUUCAACGGAGAAGAUCGAUAUGAAGGCAAAGCUGGAACGCAGCCGACAGAGCGCGCGCGAGUGCCGGGCACGCAAGAAGCUACGCUACCAGUAUCUGGAGGAGCUGGUCAGCGAUCGGGAGAAGGCCGUGUUCGAGCUGCGCCGCGAGCUGGAGAAGCUCCACUUCUGGGCGCUGGAGAUCGAUGCCGGACGCUUCCCGGAGGGUCUGCAGGAACUGCUCGAGGAGCUGGGCGCCAUGAAGCAGGAGUAGAUUCGGUUUGGAAUUGGAUUUUUUGUUUUAUUUUUUGUAUUAGUCCGCCCUAAGUUUGCUCCGUUGGUAUACUUUAUAAGUAUCUGAGUUGAGUAGGAUUGGGAAACAUGUAAAUUUGGCCUGUUCCUCGGUUCAAUUCGACUUUUGACGAUUGGUUCUAGUUUGAUUCGUUGAUCUGAUCGUUAGUGACGUUACAGAUGUAUGAUUGGCUAUCAGUUGGUUUUAGUUAAACGUUAUACUUUAAUGUAGCUUUAGUUCGCUUAGGUUUCUACCAAAAUGUUGACAAGAAAAAAAUAAACAAAAACAUUGAAAAAUAACUAAAAACACAAAAAAAAAUUAAAGUUACCUCAAGUAUCGGUAAUAUUAAGUACAACCAAAACAAAAGGUACAAUAGAAGAUAAAUAUAAUCAUCAAACAAUAAAGCAAACCUUGAUGUACAUAAACUAACAAGUCCCCACAACGAGACAGUGAUUUAAAAAAAAAACAAUGCAUUAUAUUAGCCUUGUCAUACGUAGUCGCUGCACUUAAAACUGGUUUCCUGAAGUUGAUCCAAUCGUAGAGAGAAAGGAACAAAACAAUAGCUCCGCUUGAACGGUAGUGCACUCUCACGCGCACACUUACCUGAAGAAAAGAAAACAAAA